CUUUCCUAGUGACGUAUGCGGAAGUAGUAGCCAUAACAACCGGAUCAGAUCCAUGCUGAGAAAUGUCAGCGAUUCCAAGAAUUUCCCUGAAGGCCGAAGUGACAGAACAUCUAAGAAGUGUCUUCUUAAACAAAGAGGUGUUGGCAGCUGUGGGUCUCCAGGAGGCAGAGCUUCGUUUCCAGAAGCUGCUCACAUGUUUGUCCCACCCGCCUUCGUACACGUGUGUGCGAGCCAGCACUCACCUGGCUCCUCUAGAGGGCAUCAGGCUUAGGCUAGAGGAGGAGCUGAAGAAGCAGCAAAAGUGGAUCUCAUCACCAGAGCAACCGUCUGUCCACGUUGCUCCACACCCGCGAAUCACAGAUGUGUUGCUUCUUCCUGUUGACGGCCCAAGACAAGUGGAGCAGCUGAGCUCCGAGGUGGUGGUGGGCGCCCAAUGCGGCAGUGCUGUUCUUAGAGGAGCUCAUGUCUUUGCCCCAGGGAUCAUCGCCAGCCCCAAGUACAUGAAGGCGGGAGACAUGGUGUCCGUCUUCUCCGAUUUAGAGGGAAGGUGCACUCGAGGAGCGACGAGCUUCCAGGGAAACAAGGUGUUUGUGGGGAAUGGAGUGGCCGAGAUGGAUCGCUCGGCCAUCUUCGCUACAGAAACCCCUGCUAGAGGUGUAGGUGUUCAGAUGGUGGAUCCACUUUAUCAGAGUCCCUCCUUCGAUGGUGUUCUGCCCAGUUUGGUGUUCCUACAGAACCUUCCCUCUGUGGUCGUGGGGCACGUGCUCGCGCCCCGACCUGGAGAAUGGAUCUUGGAUAUGUGUGCCGCCCCUGGAGGGAAGACCUGCCAUAUCGCUGCUCUCAUGGGGGAUAAGGGAGAAGUUGUGGCCUUGGACAGAAUCCAAAACAAGAUCGACCGCAUUCGUCAGAAUGCACAAAUGCUGAGUUUGCAGAGCAUCAAAGCUUACUGCUUCAACAGCACGCAGGCUGUAAGUGACGAGCCAAAGCAGGAAGCUAAAGGACCUCCAUUUCCCCCGGAGAGUUUCGACCGGGUUCUGCUGGAUGCUCCCUGCAGCGGACUGGGUCAGCGGCCCAACAUGGCCAGCACCUGGAGCCUGAAGGAGAUCUGCUCCUACCCGCCACUGCAGCGCAAGUUGUUUCAAGCUGCUGUACGGUUGUUGAAGAAAGGUGGAGUUUUGGUCUACAGCACCUGCACCGUGACUCUAGCAGAGAACGAGGAGCAAGUAGCCUGGGCUCUCAAUACCUUCCCCUGCCUCACUCUGCAGCCACAGGAACCUCACAUUGGUGCAGAGGGCAUGCUGGGAGCCGGACUCUCACCUGAGCAACUAUGCCUCCUCCAGAGAUUUAGCCCUGAAGUGAACUGGGACCAGAUCGAAACGACGGCCCCCCUCGCCUUCAGGGCCGACAGGGACACCAUCGGCUUCUUUAUCGCCAAGUUUCUGAAAACCUGACCGGAGGAUGUGUUUCCUCACAUCCAGACAGGGGAACUGUGUUGUUUGCACUGUGUGUAGGUUGAUGGGGCAUAUAAACUGGGCAAGCUCGCUCUAGUUUACAGCGUCUGCCUCUUAACAGCUGCUCUCUAAAACUGCGGGCCAUAUAGGGAUAAGCUUUAAAAACACAGAGAGCAGGAGAGGGAGGUAAGCUGAGGGCGCAUUAGCAAAUGCAGCAGCAGCAGCGCUACGGUUGUCAUAACAACAGUGACGACACAGCUGCCAUGGUGACGGUGGAUUCACUGGAUUCAGGAAGUAGCAUGCAGAAAGAGGUCACAAGUGGUAUUAACAAUUCAUUGGUGCUUCAGCCAACCGGGACUUCUAAUUAGUCCGUCUGAUGCUGGAGUCUGCAGAGAGAAGUUACUUUUUGUUCACUUGUCGCAUCUCUCAGUGCACAUUGUCAUCUGAUGACAAAUCACCUCAAUAUUCAUUUGGUUUUUAUAAACAGCAUGAAGAUUUUCAGCACUGAGAUACUGAAGUUGCAAGUAUUUUUUUUUUAUUGCAAUAAAAUAUUCCCACAUAAAAAAUAAAAAAAUUUUUUUUCUCUUUA